AUGGCCCUGGCGGUGGCGCUGGCGGCGGCGCUGGUGGUGGCGGGCGGCGCGGCGGCGUGCGGGCCGCUGCCAGCGGGAUGCGCGUGCGGCGAGGCGGCCACCAGGCUGCGGUGCCGUGCCGCCGCCCUGCGCCACCUGCCGCCGCUGCACGCCCGCCUCCUCGACCUGGACGUGUCGGACAACAACAUCACCGAGCUGCCGCCGGCCGCUCUCGUGGCGGCCACCGCUCUACGCGACCUGAACCUGUCCUCGAACCGGCUGGAGGCGGCGGCGGGCGCGCUGAGCGGCGCCUCGCUGGCGCGCCUCUGGCUGGACCGCUGCGCCCUGCGCCGGCUGCCACGGGCCAGCUGGCCGCGCCUUCACCUCCUAAUGAAAGAUGACCGUGGCCCUGGUAUUAUGCGACUCGCCUGCGUUUCGUCAUCGAGGAGAUCCGUAUUCCGCGCGUGUCGGCACCAGCACCAAGCACGCACCGACGGU